UCUUAUUCCAAUGCCUUGAAUGCCAUUUGCAAACAAAAAUAAAAAGAUGAUUUGUUAAAUAACGUAACUGAGAGUGAGAGGUAUGUAUACCCACAGCUAUCACGGCUGCCAAUCACUAUUUUUACGAAAUAACAUGGCGUUUGCGAAUAACCGUUAUAUUGCAAUGAAUGUUUCAAUCUAGUCGACAGUUUAUAAAUGCAUACGCUGGUGAGCUGUAAUAAAAUUUGUGAAAUAAAAAGCAAUGGAGCGAAAAUGUACGUGUUUGCCACAAUAUACGAAAAAUGUUUAGUUUCAAAAAUUGAGUUUCCAACUUUAAUCACAGCAUCUGUGAAUUCGACCCAACCCCGUCGUAGAUCUUUACGUUUGUCCCAGAAGCCGUAUCGAUCAUACAAAUAUUUAAUUAAUGGGCAUAGUCGGAAAAGUUUAGCAAGUAUCGAGAAAUUGGCUGUUAAUAUGAAAUCCAGUAUGGCCAAUAUUAACAUUUCGCCACAAACAGUUUUUUCUUCAUCACCUGAGUUAGAAGUAAAUCAAAAUUCAAAUGCAAACUCAACGACGUCAGACCAAGAGCUUUGCCACUCUUAUUCCUAUAAAAAAGGAACUGACAUUAAGCAAGAUGAUGAACACGUAGGACAAGUCACGGUGCAAGUGCAACCGCAUAAAAACGUUGGAACGGAACAUAAAUGUGUUGAAACAAUUAUAUGCAGCCCUGCUAAAAAAAUCAAAUGUGAGAUAGAAGAUGAAUUGAGUGUUGUCGCCCAAAAUUGUAAAAAUGCCAUUGAUUUUCAAAUUCAAAGUCAAUCCAGCCAAGAUAGUUGUUCUGAUACAAACAACAAGCAGAAUAUGACUCAAAGAAAUUUUAGAAAAUUAGGCCACAAUACGAACAGAACAAUGGGAUCCAAGUCCAGUGCAAAAUCCAAAGACAACUAUCAUUUCCAGCAUAACAUAACAACAAAACGUCCAACUGUGCACUUUGGUGCAAAUUCUGUGGUCCAUUUGCCCCAUGGAAAACAGAUGCUUUACCAAGAGCAUCGCCCAGAUGACGUACCUUUGGAUUUAUCUGUUAAGAAAUCUAGAGAGUUAAUUAGAGAAACGUCAAUUACUAACAAUUCCACCUUAAAAAAUAGCAGUAAUGUAUCGGUUGAAAACACGCCGGAUGUAAUUUAUGUUGAUGAAUUCAAAUUACAAAUCCGUUCGCACAUGAUGGGCAGAACUGAGGCAACACAAGGUUAUUUUCCAGAUGUUGUAAUAUUUGAACAUAACAAGCAGGUUUCAAUGGAAAUAGAUUCUGGCAAAAACAAGUUUAGCAAGAACGCCUUGGACGGAUCUAAGGAAUCUACGAAAACAUGCAAGUGGGAUGCUGAAGUAGUAGCUGAUGACCAACACGUGGUUAAAGCUAAAAAAGAUUUUCUGCCCAAGUUGAAACCACAACAGGAGGAUAUUUCGACAAAAAAGACGUUGACUAAAGCCAAAUGGAAAAAAUAAAAUCAUUCUAAGCGCAAACAUUCACGAAAGGCUCCCAGAAAAACACAAAAACUGUAUUCUGAAGAGGAUAUCAAAGGUACCCACAAAAAUAAUAAUCCAAUUAUAAGUUCAUUAUCGAAACCAGAAUCAUUUUGUGGUACGAAUGGUGGACGACAAAAAGGCAACAUACCGCUUGUAUGGUUGCCAUUUGCAAGUCCUGUGGUUAGAGUCCAAAACAUAAAAAUCAACCCAAAUGUGCUUCGAAAAUCAGUAAGGCUGUAAAGAUACAUUUUAUUUAAGAUUGGGACCUACUCUAGAUGUCAAAUCAAAGUCCUAAUCACAUUUUUUUUCGAUGCCUUUGAUGAAAAACCUAAUAUAUAUUUCAAAUAUUUUAAUCGUUUUACUGUUAAUCCUUUUUGUUAAUUAAAUAUUUGCUUCUUUCUAUUUCAACACAAAAAAUAUUAAAUAAAGUGAAUUUAAUUGAAUAA